AUGAAGCAGGAAAAGUCCCGAGUGAAGACCAACUGGAAGGCGGUGGGCUGGAGAUUUGUGGACGUUGUGACUGAGUACUGUCAGAGCUGCAGUCUGGCGGGCUUCUCCUACAUGGCCAAUCAUAACCUGCACUUCACGGAGCGUCUUUUUUGGCUGCUCUGCAUAAUCGUGUCGACCGUGGGAGUCUAUCAUCUCAUAAGUCAAUAUCAGCGCGACUUCACCUCACGCGCCGUCAGCAUUGUCCACGAGAGUCUCUCGCCAUUUGCCAAGGUGAAAUUYCCAACGAUCAGCGUUUGCGAACUGCGCUUCAAGACCGACUUUCCCCGCAAUGUGGAGGAAUAUGUGGAGAGCCUGGGUACGGAUCUCAACGAUCCCUACAACUGGGAGGUGGAGUCCUAUUUGUCCUUUGUACUCUUCCCCUAUCAGUACACGACGGGAAUGUUUGUUCGCUGUCAGCCGUAUGAGCAAUGCGAGAAGUGCGCCAAGUGCCCCAAGACGGACUAUCGGAAUUUAUCGUUAAGGUUUGGCUUCAAUUGCUCGGAUCUGUUUAUCCGCUGCACAUUGGCGGAUAAGGAGUUCGACUGCUGCACGUACUUUCUGCCGAUGAUCACGCCGUUCGGCCGCUGCUUUCUGUUCAACUCGUUGCAGAACAACCAUCCCGAAUCGAAGCACUGGCUGCCGGCCAUUUUAGACCGAAGUAGCCAUCUGGAAAUGGAUCUGCAUCUGACACGCGCCGCUCUGGUGAGCGUGCUGAACGAAGAGGACGUCCCGAACAUACCGCUGCCAACGGUGGAUGUUAUUGUGCUGGAGGGACAGCACAAGACGCUGCAGUUCCACAGAGAGACCAUGGUGAACGAUCCCGGCAUGAAGGAUAUUCCAAUAGCAGCGCGCGACUGCUACUUUCCCGACGAGGUAAUGCCCUGGAGCAUGUACAAGGCCUACAGCUUCAGCGCCUGCAUCAGUGACUGCACCAGACUCUACCAGAUGGAGCUGUGCAACUGCUCCGUUUACAAUAUGAGUCCAUAUCCCGACCCUCGCUAUCCGGACUGUGACUUCAACGGCUACUUGUGCUUGGAGAGCUCCUCCAUGGUCAAGCAGGAUGUGAAGAGGCUGUUUCGCAUCAACUCGCCAACGUUGCAUUGCCACUGCCUGCCCUCCUGCACCGAGGGAGACCUGAAGUCCAUUUUUGAGGACCAAAUCAGCUCAAAGAGAAAUGUCAGAGACACCAACGUUACACUCCUGAUGCCAGUGUGGCCCACGGAUCAAUAUCGUCGCCAAGUGCUGCGCUCCAAGCUCGACGUCGUCGUCUCCAUCGGGGGCAUACUGGGCCUCUUUCUCGGCGCCAGCAUCCUGAGCGCCAUUGAGUUUGUCUACCACUUCACACUGCGUGCCGCCAACACGUCGCUGAUGGCACGCCGAGAACUGGAGCAGGCAGCGAUUAAAUUCAAAUAG